AUACGAUGUUCCAACUGAUUCAGUAGAUGAAGUUGUGAGGAUUGCAGAGAGCACCAUGUUAGAGGCUUUUCAUCAUCUUGUUCGGGCUGUAGUUGAGGUGUUUGGAGAGGAGUACUUGAGGACACCUACUGUUGAGGACUAUAAACAUAAAGAAGGGAUGGCCUGGUAUGCUUGGUUGCAUUAAUUGUAUGCAAUGGAAGCGAAAAAACUGUCCAACAGCAUGGCAUCCCCGACUACGUCCUGGAGCUCGUCCUCCGCCUCGUCUCCCCCGUCUGCCUCGUGCGCGCCGCGUCCGCGUGCAAGCCGUGGUGCCGCGUCGUGGCAGACGCCGGAUUCCUAGCCCGCUUCCGCCUCCUGCGCGUGCCCCGCAUCCUGGUGGGCCUCUACCUCAACUGCAGCAACCCUCCGGUCUUCGUGCCGUCGCCAGUGCCGGGAAUCCCCGUCAGCCAGUCCUUCUCCCUCGACUUCCUCCCGGAAGUCCCCGGCUCCUGGGAGACCGUCGACAGCCACGACGGCCUCCUCCUCCUCCGGAACAGGGACCGGAACUCGUCGCGGAGCCGCCGCUCUGACCCUGACCUCGUCGUAUGCGAGCCCAAGACACGGCGGUGCCAGGCAAUCAUCUUGCCGGACCGGCUGAGGGCCGCAUGUUGACUCGGCAUGUUCCUGCUCAGGGUCGGCGCGACCAGCCGAGCCGGCGGCGAUCUCAGCACCAGCAUGUCCAACUUCAGAGCCAUCGUCGUCCUGCUCAGAGAGCACAUGCUGGCUCGCCGCCGCGGCGUGCCGGAGGCCUGCGUGUACCAGGCCAGCACCAGCAACCGCAGCUGGCACGACAUGAACUGCGCGUGGAAGGGCAACAUCGAUAUCCCGUGCGAGACCGCCUCCUUCUACUUUGCUGGCCGCGCCGGUGGUUCCCUCUACUGGGCUAUCAAAGACGCCGGCGGCGCCGCGCUUGUUCUCGACGAGGCCACCGCGGCGGUGUCGCUGGAAGCUCUCCCGGUGACCAUCGAGGGGUGAUCCGGGGCGCGCUGCUUCCGGGUUGUCGGCGGAGAAGGCAGGGCGCCGCGUGCCGUCUGCAUGGUAGACAGCGACCUCAGGGUCUUCUCUCGGCUCAAGGGCGGUGGCGGCGGCGAGUGGGUGCUGGAGAACUUGGUGCAGUUGCCGGGGGGCAGCCAAUGGAAUCCGGGGAGAGCUAUGACUGUCGCGGCGCAAGAGACGUGCGUCGUGGUGGAAACGUGGAACAGGAAAUGGCGGUUCUUCAUCGACCUCGAGACGAUGGCGGUGGAGCACGUCCCGAUGAGGCGCUACUA